UUAUCGCACGGUAUCCCUCCGCCGCUGCAGUGUUGAAAGCAGCGAGAGCUCCCGAACUCAGCGACCAGGUAGCGACGCGAAACAACCUCGUCUUCACCUAAAUUUCUCUAGACUUGAUCGGACUGAGCUCAGUCCCGGUUCGACUAUGAAGUUUCAGUACAAAGAAGAACACCCGUUCGAGAAGAGGCGGUCGGAGGGAGAGAAGAUUAGGAAGAAAUACCCCGACCGGGUGCCAGUGAUUGUCGAAAAAGCCCCAAAAGCCAGGAUAGGAGAUCUGGACAAGAAGAAGUACCUGGUGCCCUCUGACCUUACAGUGGGCCAGUUCUACUUCCUGAUUCGGAAACGGAUCCACCUGCGGGCUGAGGACGCUCUCUUCUUCUUUGUCAACAAUGUCAUUCCCCCCACCAGCGCCACCAUGGGCCUGCUGUACCAGGAGCACCACGAAGAAGACUUCUUCCUUUACAUUGCGUACAGCGAUGAGAGCGUAUAUGGCGGAGGAGUGACUGAAAUGUAACAGCCAAGACGCCCUCUGACCCCUCUCCCUUUCCCUGUGUACCCCGACCUCCCCUUCCUGACUGGAGCAGCAGUCUCGUGUCCUGAGUAGAGACAUCAAAGCACUUUUCACUCCCCUCCAGCUUUCAAUGACUUCUUUAUGGUUCUAAUUAUUAUUGUUCUUGUAAUUAUUUUGGUGGUUCAAUUUCUUGAGCUCUUGUCAAGCCCUGUUCAGGUUUUUUUUUUUUUUGGUUUGUAAUUCCUAACUCUGUAGCAGUUGGCGUUUUCCACUUGCGACCAUUAUAAAAGUGGCAAAAAAAAAAAUGGAUUUGAUUUUCCGCUUUCUUUUCUGUUUUGUUCUUUUAUUAAUGAAGAUGCAAAGUCUUGAUGUGUAUAUAGACAUUAAACAUACAUGACAGUC